AUGGCUAUCCUCACUUUCAGGUCCAUGGGACUGCUUCUUUUGUUGUUAUCGACGUUGUCUCUUGCGAACCCGUCAUUGAAGCGAGGGCCUGAUGAUGAUCUUGCUGCUAAAGCACUUGAGAAUGCCUACAAAGUUUUGAGCGGCACGCUGUCGGAUGGAAGCGUGAGAACGACAUGCACGAAAGAGAAGCUUGCUGUGAGAAAAGAAUAUGGUGAUUUGACGAACGAUGAGAAGGACGACUACGUCAAGGCUGUCAAGUGUUUGCUUGCUACACCCUCCAAGUUAAGUGCGACGCAAUACCCAGGAGCAAAGUCUCGCUAUGAUGACUUCGUUGUUGUACAUAUCAACAUGACGAUGGGUGUACAUGACACGGCAAACUUUCUUCACUGGCAUCGGUAUUAUAUCUGGGCUUACGAGGUAGCCUUGCGUGAUGAGUGUGGAUACAAGGGAUAUCAACCUUACUGGAACUGGGGUAAAUAUCCAGACCCAACCGUCUCCCCAAUUUUCAAUGGAGAUGCUCACAGCAUGGGCGGUAAUGGCGAGUCGGUCACUCACAAAGGUUACGCCCUCGGAAUGGCAUCGGUCAUGGUGCCACCUGGGAAAGGAGGCGGAUGUGUAAAGACAGGCCCAUUCGCAAAUAUGACUGUAAACCUCGGUCCACUCGCAGGCUCUGUUGAUCCUGCUCUGAAGAUCCCCAAAAACCCUCGCUCGGAUGGCUACGGAUACAACCCUCGUUGUCUCCGCCGGGACGUGAACAACUACUUCACGUCGCAAUACCUCCGUCCCCAAGAUAUCGCCAACCACAUAACCUCAUCCAAAGACAUCGAAGCCUUCGAGAAGACCCUCCAAACCGACACCACCAAAGCCUUUUCACUUCACACGGGUGGUCACUACAGCAUUUGGGGAGAUCCUGGUGGAGAUUUCUACGUCAGUCCUGCUGAGCCUGUCUUCUGGUUGCAUCAUGGACAGGUUGAUAGACAUUGGUGGAUCUGGCAGAAUCAGGAUUCAGCGAAUCGCGUUCAGCAGUACAAAGGUGGAACUAUCAUGAUGCAGCCGAACAGCCCACCUGGAAAGAUCACUGAUAUCCAGAACUUAUCUGUCACGGCACCAAAGGGAUACGCAGGUAUUCCGAGCAAAGAUUUGGUCAGCACCCUUUCUGGCCCCUUUUGUUAUAUCUACCAGUAG